GACGACCUCGGUGAUGAGGAGCCAGCGCAGGUUUGUCUGGGGAAAUACCCUACCCGCCUGUACUGUGGGAGAAAACGGGCAUUUUGUAGCGCGUGGUUCAAAAGCAGAGAGUGACUGGAAUAUUCCUGCAAGGCAGAUGCAGUUUGAUGAGUUAUGGGAGAAAUACAAGCACACUUGGACACCCCUGUUCCAAGCAAACGGCAAAGAGUAGUAAUCUGAAAGAAUAUGUGGUCGAAACAAGUGGGCCAGCAAGAAAAGGAUAAUGAGAGUGAGUAAAAAUUUUCAGCACUCUGGAUGCUGUACUGGGAGAAAUAUCAGGAACAUUUAACGAACGAAACAGCUAACUUGUUGAGGCUCUGUGUGCCUUGCACCCAGAGAAUGAAACCUUUAUGGAUGUGGUGUGGAAAAAGUGAAACCACUGCUGGUGAUGAUGGCAUUGAAGCUCGGAUUAACAUUCGGAGCAUCCACGACAAUUUGCGAGAACUAUUUUUUCAACAUUGAAAAACGUAUUCAGUGAGCACAGACGAAGCAUGUCGCACAGGAGGAAAGAGCGGCUGAUUCAACUGGCAUUUGAGAGGGAUCCUACAAGCAAAUUCCGUGGGGAGUGGAACGAGAGACUGCUGAGGAGGUUCAAAACAGCAUUAAGGCGUGUAACUCUUUUGAAUCUGGAAUUGGCCAACUAUGAGAGGAAUGUCAACAGAGCUAUACACAAGUACAAUGCCUACAGGAAAGCAGCUUCAGUGAUCUCCAAGUACCCCCAGAAGAUCAAAAAUGGGGAAGAGGCCAAGAAACUGGAUGGAGUUGGAAAAGAGAUCGCUAAGAAGAUAGAUGAGUUUUUACAAACAGGAACACUUAAGAAGUUGGAAAAGAUUCGUAAUGAUGACACCAGCUCCUCCAUCAAUUUCCUUACAAGAGUCACUGGUAUUGGUCCUGCUGCUGCCAGAAAGUUCUUUGAUGAGGGAGUGAAGACUCUGGAAGAUUUGAAGAAAAUUGAACACAAGCUCAAUCAUCAUCAGCAGAUUGGACUCAAGUACUUUGAGGAGUUUGAGAAGAGGAUUCCACGAGCUGAGAUGACGAAGAUGGAGACUCUCAUUCUGCAGGAGCUGGAGUUGGUGGAUACUGAGUACAUUGGGACAAUCUGUGGAAGCUACAGGAGAGGUGCUGAAUCCAGUGGGGAUAUUGAUAUCUUGCUGACCCACCCAAACUACACCUCUGUGGAUGAGAAACAGCCCAAACUUCUCCAUGCCGUGGUGGAGCAUUUUGAAUCCAUUGGGUUCAUUACAGACACACUGUCCAAAGGAGACACCAAAUUCAUGGGAGUCUGCCAGCUGCAGCAGAAUGAUGAAGACGAGGAGGAAUAUCUUCACAGACGCAUUGAUAUCAGGUUAAUUCCUAAGGACCAGUAUUACUGUGGUGUGCUGUAUUUCACUGGCAGUGACAUCUUCAAUAAGAACAUGAGAACUCAUGCUCUGGAGAAAGGCUUCACCCUCAACGAGUACACCAUCCGGCCAGUGGGGGUCACUGGUAUGGCUGGGGAGCCUCUGAUGGUGGACAGUGAGAAGGAUAUCUUUGACUACAUCCAAUGGAAAUACAGAGAGCCCAAAGAACGCAGCGAGUGAAAGAAGGGAUGAAAGACACUUGAUCCCCACAUUAUUUAACUGCAAACAAGGCUGAAAAUUAUGUAGGUGUUUGUCUUAGGGUUUCUUUUUAUUUUGGUGUCUGUUUUCACAGGAGGGAAAAAUAGGACAACCUUGUUGUUGGUCUUUAAGUUGUUCUGAGGUUUCUCCCACAGAUUUAUAAUUUCAAAUAUACAGUUGAAGUCGGAAGUUUACAUACACUUAGGUUGGCGUCAUUAAAACUAGUUUUUGAACCACUCCAC